GCAAUUUGACGUCACUUCCAGCUGAUAUCGAGUGCACGUUUGGGACGCCGUGUCUUGAAUUGGGAAAAGUCAUGUAGUCCUGAGGUUACUGACGUCCUUUCGUUAAAGCAGGGAUGUUCCAGUCCGACAUCGACGGGGGCUGGGCGUGGGUGAUCCUUGGCGUCUCCUUCUGCGGGAUGCUUCUAACAGGCUUCCAUGUGUAUUCACUGGGAAUAAUAAUGGCCGCCCUACUGGACGAGAUUGAAAGUGAUCUCACGAGAGUCUCGUGGGUCGGCUCCAUUUACACAGCAGCGUUGACUCUUUCUGGUCCAUUGAUUGGGUGGGUCAUAAACAGAUAUGGCUGCCGAGUCGCAGCUUUCUGUGGUGGAAUGUGUCAUCUGUCUGGCAUGAUUUGUGCUUUUUUUGCAACAAAUAUAUCUAUCCUCAUAGUAACAUUUUCCUUUCUCGGAGGAAUCGGAAUGGGAUUUUGCUUGACUUCCUCUCUCGUCGUCAGUGGCUACUAUUUCAAGAAGUACCGCCCCAUGGCGUCGGGAAUAACUGUAUCUGGUGCAGCCUUUGGGAUGUUCGUAGGUCCUCCGGUCAUUCGACUCUUAAUUGAUAACUACAUGUUGAGAGGGACGUUUCUGGUAUUGGGAGCUUUGGGGGCUAACAUGUUCGUCCUUGGGAUGUUGAUGAGGCCCUCGCCAACUGAAAAGGACAACUUCAGAAAGGAUGCCGGGAAAGGUAACUCUGCAAGACAAUCCUCUAGCCAAGUCAGAAACCAAUUAUUAAGGAUUACGUCUGCGUUCAAAGACGUCGUGGGCAUUGUUAAAAACGGGCCAUUUUUGUGUUAUCUUUUUAGUACUUUUGCUUUCUCUUGUGGCGAGACCGCAGCCAUAUACCAUUUACCAAAUUACUCCCAAGAGCAAGGAACAUCCAAGAUGGCGUCUGCAACACUGAUGACAGCAAUGGGCGUCACGAGUCUCUGUUCAAGACUCCUUACAGGGUUUGCAGCGUCGGAUCCCAAUAUAGGCCCGGAGCUGCUCCUCACAGGGAUGAUGGGAAUGAUAGGGAUACUCACCAUUACGUUUCCCUUGUACUCUGCAACUUUCGGGUCCCAGGUGCUGUAUGCAGCAGGGUAUGGGCUGUACAGCGGAGGGAUCAAUGCAGUGAUGACACCACUGACGGCGGAACUGAUUAGUCUGGAGAAACUGGCGAUAGGCUUUGGGUUACUGUGCUUCACGUCAGGGAUUGGUUGUCUUAUUGGGGCGCCCAUCGCAGGUGUAAUUGUUGACAGUGGUGGAACCUACACCCACAGUUAUAUAUAUGCAGGUACAGCGCUUCUUCUGGGUAGUGCCGUGUCGGUGCCGAUCUCCCUCAGGGACAGAGACUCGGUAACAUGGAAAGCCGUGGAAAGGAUGGACGCUACCAUCGACGUUGUCGCCGAGACGGAACAGCUGAAGACGCACGACAUCACCAUGGACGACGAUGGGAUACCAGUGUGACGCUACACUGGAUAAAAGCAUGCCACUUGUGACAUAAACAGGUUAUCGGUCAAUGAAAGAUGUCAACGGUCACAGAGAGAGACGAGGCGUGAAGUGUUUAGAUGUAUCAGCUUUGUUUCUUUGGUUUACACUAUUUAAAAAAAAUCAAUCGCAAUCGAGCUUUGUACGGAAGCCUUUUAGGGCCAUUU